UGAGCCCUCUCCCUCCGGACAGGUGGACAUCCUGCCCAGCCAGCGCCUCCCAAGAGCUGGGCCCAGCGGUCGGCCGGCCCGGACCUUAACACCGAGACGAACGAUCUGGGUCCGCCCGAAAGAGUCUCCCAGAAUUAGGUGGGCAAAGCACAGCACCGAACUGUGGCUCGGAACCCCUCCAGCCGCUCCCGGAAGAGGGCCGGCCCCAGUGAGUAGGAUCCCUGGCAAGUGAGGGGACGGUAGCCCGAUCUGACUUCUGACAGCUUAACCUGCUUAUGAAAGGUCAACGACUGUCCUCCACCCCACUGGAGAUCUUGCUCUUUCUCAACGGAUGGUACUCUGCCACCUAUUUCCUGCUCGAGCUCUUCGUCUUUCUCUAUAAAGGUCUCUUGUUACCGUACCCCGUGGCCAACCUAAUCCUGGAUGUGAUGAUGCUCUUCCUGUAUCUUGGAAUCGAAGUCAUCAGGAUAUUUUUUGGGUCGAAGGGGAACCUCUGCCAGAGGAUGGUGCCGCUGGGCAUCAGCUUGGCCCUGACCUUCCCGGCGGCCAUGAUGGCCUCGUAUUACCUGCUGCUGCAGACCUACGUGCUGCGCCUCGAGGCCGUCAUGAACGCCAUCCUGCUGCUCUUCUACGGCUCCGAGAUGCUGCUCCAAGUGCUCACCCUGGUCACCUUCUACAGAACGAAGCUGGGCCUGAAAAGAUCUGCGGUUUCAUCCAGCCGAGAGAUACGGAUUAGACAUGGACCGACCCCCACAGCUUUAAAAUAUCUCGUCUCCCCAAGCUCGGGACGUGGCAGCGAAUACGUGGGAGAGCGGCCCGUUCCCAACAAGGUGGCGAUCCCAGUGGGGCUUCAGCCCCAUCAGAAGGCAAGGGAAGCAGCUUUCAGAACAGAAUAAGACAGCAACUGGGACCUGAGCCAGAAAGUACGAACUCCUCCCAAGGCCACCCACAUACGUAACAGCACCUUGCAUGCCAGAGGAGCCUGCAACCACCACCAGAGACAACCUUUGGCAAAUGCCUAAGAACACAGAGUACCUCACAGGGCCAGAACAAAGGUCUACCCGAUCCAGAAUCCUAUCUCCAGCACCCCAGGGAGGAAGAGUCCUCCCUCACCUUUCCCUCCGAGAAUCCACUCAAAUGUCUCGCCGAUCAGAGCGCCGGAGAGAGUGCGGCCCGGGAGCGGAGCCGCCGUACGACCCGGUGGUGGUGACUGUCCCGACCCAGUAAACACUCAGCGGGGCGUCUGGGGUGGGGGAGUCCUCUCCCUCUCCAAAGCACAGCCCCUCUGCGGAGCGCUUCCGUACAACUGGGAGGAGACCUGAAGGCUACUUCGGUCACCAUCCACCUUCCUCAGCUAUCGUAAGAACGUCAGCAAUGUCCUUAACAGCCCAGCAAUCCGUCUCCAACGGGGACAACCAAAAGUCCUGGUUGCCCUCCUAGAUGGCCAGUUCAGCAUACUCGCCAUCUACUGAGAUUUCGGGACAUGUUUUCUUCUUCGUCAGAAAAACUACGAGUUACCACCUCCCUUCUUCAAAUCUCCCCUCCACGGGACAUCCAUCACUAAGUGGUCAGCCCCCAGCCUUCUCUUCUCCAUUCUCCUAACGCCAAUUUCUCUCCCCUUCUCUUCCAGGCCCUAUUUACCAUCCCCCAAUCAUCGAAGCUCUCCGCGCCGCUCCAAUUUAAGCGAGGGGAUGGCUACCCCGAGAACACGUACACGGGUUUUACUCGACUUUAUCUCGACCGGGAAAACGUCCUGACGGAAAAUCAGACAAAGAGACUGGAGCCAGCUGACGAGGGGCAGCUCCGAGGUGACAUCUCGGGGCCCGGGCGAGCAGCCAUUUGUCUCUGCCGGGCCUUCCCUGAAGCCAGCCGGCCCGGGAGCCAGGCCCACCCCCAUCUCCUCACCUUUCUCAGUGGUGCCGGUCCCUUUCUCUGUCCCGGUGUCUCUCGUGCUCCCGGUUCCUUUCUUGGAAAUAAUCCUCAUGCCGAUCCUCGUUGUGGAGCAGGUCCCGGUGCCUCCGGCUGCUCUCCCGGGACCGACUGGGUGACCGCUCCCGA